AUGGCGGUGAAGGCAAGUGCCGAGUACGGUCCAGAAUGCACUCCGAAUCAGGCACGAAAUAAACAGGACGUCAAUGGUGAAAUCCAAAGCUACCCGCUGGGGUAUUAUUUCCACUUAAUUUCAGUUGAAAACAGAGACAGCAGCUCGCUGGCGGAGAAAAUGAAGGAUCUGCGCCACCCGGGGGCUUUAGGACCGGGCGUCCGGGCAGGUCUUCAUCCGGAUUUGGUUGAUACCGGUCUAACCUACUUGUUAGCACAGGCUUCCUCUUACAACGGUUGUUUCCCAAGUCUGAGCUCAGAGACACAGAGAACCCUCGGCAGGAUGGACCGGAGCGAGAGAUACAUGAAUGUGAAGUUGGGAAAAACAGACUCACGAUGUCCUUCCCGAGCUGAACCUGAUGUACCGUACGUGGAACUUAAUUUCAAGACCCCCUUGGCGUCCUGGGUGCGGACAGAUCAAGACGUUUUGACCUCCACCUACUCAGAGCUGAACUUUCCGAAAGAGAGACCCCGCAUCGCUGAGGACGAAGAUCCUCCCAUUUCCUCGGGAGCCGACGGGUUAUCAACCACUGCACAAACAGGUGCGCAGAAACAGGGGCCGAAGGAGAACAUCGGAAAUAGAUCGUACCGUAAGAUCUACCUACUCUGCCUAGUUACCUUCGUCCUCGUCGCGAUAGUGGCCGGGCUGUCGAUCUACGUGUCACUGACUCGUCAUUCCACGGUAAACUGCCACAGAAACUACCAGGCUGAACUCCGUCACCAGUUCACUGAGAUGGAACGAUCUGUCAACGAAACCAAAGCUCAAAUCUGUGAAUUGCUGACCAGCAGAAAAGAGCAAGCGUGUUCCCAGGACUGGAUCAGAAAUGAAGACAGUUGUUACUUCAUUUCCACAUUUGAAAGAUCUUACGAUGGGGCGAUGCAAUAUUGUUCUAACUCAUAUUCAAUGCUUCUUCAAAUAAAUUCAAGAGAGAAAGAGAAUUUUGUUAAAGAACGUCUCCGCGGCCGAGACAGUUCAUUCUGGAUUGGAACAUGCAAAUCGGGGAAAGUGAACUCUAACGUUGUUUACAAGGUGAACGCUGGGAAGUUCGAAUGCGGUGAAUGUAAAUCUCGUUGGCCUUGGGAUUGCAAAAAUGAUCAGCACCGUUUCAUUUGUGAGAUGCCCGCAGCUUUGCGUCCGGAUGUUCCUGAAAAGAUCCGGGUUCUCUGUCAAAAACCCGUGGAAUCGAGUUAA